UCGUCCGGCUGCCGCGCAUGCGCCGAGCCGCGGGGCUGGGGUCCGUGUGUGAGGGGCCCGAUGGCCGCCGUGUUCCUGGUGACGCUGUACGAGUACUCGCCGCUCUUCUACAUCGCCGUGGUGUUCGCCUGCUUCCUCGUCACCAGCGGCCUGGUGCUGGGCUGGUUUGGUUUGGGCGUUCCUGUUAUUCUGAGAAACUCGGAGGAAACAGAAUCCAGCACAAGGGUACUGAAAAAGCGGAUGAGACAAGUGAAGAAUCCUUUUGGGUUAGAAAUCUCUCAUCCCGACACAGCUUCAGUAACAAAGGGUAUAACGCUGACACCUGACUGUCUGGAAGACUGUGUCCUUACCUGCUACUGGGGCUGCAACGUUCAAAAACUCCAUGAAGCGCUGCAAAAGCAUGUCUACUGCUUCAGGAUAAAUACUCCUCAGGCGUUAGAGGAUGCUCUAUACAACGAGUACCUCUAUCGACAACAGUACUUCAUCAAGAAAAAUGAGAAGGAAGAAAAAUAUUGUCAGUUACCGGAAGAUGCCCAAGUUGUCGAUUUUGGCCCAGUGCCUAGAGCUCGCUACCCAUUGAUUGCACUGUUGACGUUAGCUGAUGAAGAAGACAGGGAAAUAUAUGAUAUCAUUUCAAUGGUGGCUGUAAUUCAUAUUCCUGAUGAGAGCUACAGACUUUCCUGCAGAAUAUUGUAUCAGUAUCUACUUCUAGCUCAAGGUCAAUACCACGAUCUUAAGCUCUUCAUGUCUGCAAAUAGUACCUCACCAUCUUCGUGCGACACCUCUCCAGGUGAGAGAAGCAUCGACAAAAACUUGCUGGAAAAGGCUGGACUGGCUGAAGAUGAGCCAGAACUGCAUGAAGAAAACAGUAAAGACUGUGUUGUGUGCCAGAACGGCCCGGUGAACUGGGUUCUCCUACCCUGCAGGCACACGUGCCUGUGUGAUGGCUGCGUUAGGUAUUUUCAGCAGUGCCCAAUGUGUAGGCAGUUUGUUCAAGAAUCUUUUCCACUGUGCAGUAAAAAGGAGCAAGAUGAAGAUGAAUCAACCCAGAUCUUGGAAGAUGUUCUUCCUGGGAGAGUUUUUUAACGGGGACAAAAAUAGAACAACUGGGUUGUGUGCACCGAGGUUAAAGGCAGAGAACAGACUGUUUAUGGGAGGAUAUGUAGCAUUAACUUGUAGGGUUUUGCUUUUCAUUGCUAGGUAAUUUUCAACUUCCUUAUAUGUCUUCGCUCCAUAUGCUCGCAGGAACGCUACAUUUGUCUGUGCAAUGUGGACAGGAGAAGUGCGUAGGAGAUCUUUGAAGGAUGUGAUUAUUUUUGUAACUUAGUAGUUUUUCACGGAGUACUAUUGCAGGCUAUUUUGAUUACUAAAUUUAGUUUAUCUACUGAAAAAAAGAAUUAAAACUUGCAAGUGAAGUUGAAGUGCACGCAGCUCAUGUAUAUUUAUUGUAUUUAAAAUAUUAGAGCAACGUUUUAAUUCACUAUAAUUUAGCAACCUAGCACUUUACAGAUUGUAACUAAUGAAGGAAAGGAUCUAUUCUUCAUGGUUAAACCCGUGUAUAUUUAUUUUGUAGACAAAGGCUGGACUGACAGGAGCUGGAAGCUGAAGUUGUUCAGGACACUGUUUCUGUCUGUUUUGAAAGUGUGUGUGCGUGUGUGCAUGCGUGAGGGACCUGAGCCAAAGCCUGUUUGAAUGAGUGGAAAGGUUUUUGUUGGUAAUUGUUGGCUUGAACUGAACCUUGCUGACACUUCUAAGCCCAAGCCACUGCUACGUCCCCUUGAGACAGACUCAAUCUUACUGGCAGUGGCUACAAGAACUUUUUCUCCAUGCAAAUGUUAAUUAAUCUGUGGAGUUGUUACUUGGGCAGUUCUGCUGUGCUGUUCUUACCUGAGUAGCCUGCUUUGGGGAAUUUCCAACUCUUCACACUUGCAUUGUCAGAUGGGAUGAAAAGUUGACCGUUUAUGUUUUCUUUUAUCAAUAGUCGCAGGAAAUUUGUGUACUCUAAUAAAGAAAGAAACUAAAGAAUUGCA